AUGGACAGCGCGCUGUACCACUCAGCAGGUAUAUUUGGCGCCCCUUCGGCUUCGGGAAGUUUAACGACUGGAGGAAGCAUGAUCACCAGCUCCAAGCCUCUCGCUUUUUCGAUCGAAAGGAUUAUGGCCAGGACGCCCGAGCCAAAGUCAAUACCGUUCCCGAACUUGUUUCACGCUCCCGUGGGGAAAGCGGACCCCAAGCAGCCUCCCGCUCCGCUGCACUGCAUGAUCCCCCUCAUGCCGCUCGCCUGCGAGCCGUCUCAUAAACUUCACAUCAAUGGAAUAGACGCCAAUCACUCCGAUGCUUUUUCAAACAGUACGAACGAAUUGGUGAAUUAUAAAAACGAGCAGCAAAAUGCGACACCCGCCAUCGGACAAUACAAACUCUUUCGCCCACGUGUAGUGAACCAGUCCUCGUUCCACGCGAUGGGCGCCGCUGUGUGUUACCUGAACUGCGGGGAAAGUGCGUGUCCGCCUCACGCGGGUCUGGUCAACUUUCACCCCAUGGCUUCGUAUCUUCUCAACAGCCCUCUGCAUGCGCGUCAGAAGAGCCUCUUUUCCACCGACAAAAGUAAAGCGGGCAACGCUGCGGACAGGUUUCCUCAGAACGUGACUUUCAAGGAACUUUCUCAGACUCAUCUGCACCAUUACAUGAAGGAGAGUGCGCAGAUCCUGUCGGAGAAAUUGUUCAAGAACUCAGCGAAAUUAAGCAGCGGCUCUCCUCAAACCAAACCAAAAGUGUUCACCUGUGAAGUUUGUGGCAAGGUAUUCAACGCACACUAUAAUUUAACGCGACACAUGCCGGUUCACACGGGCGCCAGGCCGUUCGUGUGCAAAGUAUGCGGCAAAGGAUUCAGACAAGCGAGUACUCUCUGUCGCCAUAAAAUCAUCCACACUCAGGAAAAACCGCAUAAAUGCAACCAAUGUGGCAAAGCUUUCAACAGAAGUUCAACUCUUAACACCCAUACACGAAUUCAUGCGGGAUACAAACCUUUUAUUUGUGAAUUCUGUGGCAAAGGAUUUCACCAGAAAGGUAACUACAAGAACCACAAACUGACUCACAGCGGAGAAAAACAGUUCAAGUGCAAUAUCUGCAACAAAGCCUUCCAUCAGGUGUACAACCUCACAUUUCACAUGCACACGCACAAUGACAAGAAGCCUUUCACGUGUCCAACAUGCGGCAAGGGUUUCUGCAGGAACUUUGACCUUAAAAAACAUAUUAGGAAACUGCACGACAUUUCCCUAGCACCCCGCUCUCCAUCAACGCCAACUGGAAAUCUGGAGGGUCAGUAAAACACCUACAUCCCCUGUGUUAGGUUAAUCCAUAAUAAUAAUCCAAAUCUAAUCGCGCAUGCAACCUUUUAUUUUUUUAAAUGUAUUUUUUAUUAUUAUUUUUAUGAUUUUAAGCGACCGAAUAUUUUGGUCUACCAUCAUUGUUGAAGCUUGUUUGUGAAUGGUAGAUUAUGAUUACAUAAUUAUUUUUACUCUCAGGAAACGACAGUUUUAUUUAUUUGAAACGGUACUUGUUGUCAUUAACUUAAAGAGAGUAAUUGAAACACGCAUAUGUAACACUGAUUCUUGUGACCACUGUGUAUUUUACCCCCAUUUUAUACGUUUAUUAUUUAUACAGUUCUUUGUAUUAGCUAUAUACUGUUUGACAAUUGUAAACGUUUUGUUAAAUCAAUGUGAAUAUAUAUGCAAGGUUUUGUUGAAUAUUUCCAAUGACAUCUGGUCUGUCAAAAAGAUUA